GCAGGCGCGAGCGCACAACAGCUUCAGACAAAAGGUUGAAAGACGAGGGGCGAGGAAAGCGAGCUAUCGAAGUCGGUCAUUGAUUGGCCAAGCGACUGUGAGAUCCAGCAACAAAGACUUGUCGAGGCGUGAGAGAGCCUUCUUGACUCUGAUCAUCCAAUCCCUUCAGUCCUCAACGACUUGACCGAAACACUCGCCUUCGUGAAGAUCACCCUUCGCUGAGCGCCUCUCCCAUUCCCCUCGUUUCCCGUCUCUUUUCACGUUCCGCCUCAUUCAGCAUGGCUGCGGUCAAGUCGGCCCCUGCGGCCCUCUCCUUGCCCGCUGACUCGUUCGCUCACAAGAACAUUAGACCCGAGUACCAUGAGAUCUUGAUCGUUGGUGCCGGCCUGUCCGGUAUCGCUAUGGGCUGUCAAUUGCAGCGCAAGCUCAAGACGGACGAUUUCCUGAUUCUGGACAAGGCCGCUCUGCCAGCCGGUACUUGGUCCAUCAACACAUACCCUGGUUGCGGCUGUGACGUGCCAGCGGCAGUAUACAGCUUCAGCUUCCGCCAAAAGGCGGAUUGGUCCACCUUCUACCCACUCCAAGAGGAGCUGAAGGAGUACUUCAACACUGUGGUGGCGGAAUAUGACCUGCCGAGGCGUAUGCACCUGUCGACGGAGGUCAAGGAAGCCCGAUUCGAUGUCGCGACUGGUUUGUGGCACGUUUGGAGCAUCGAUCUGGCUACAAAGGAGGAGCAUCAUUACGUCUCCAAAGUGUUCGUCAGUGCCGUCGGCGGUCUCUCUCAGCCCAACGACUGCGACAUUCCCGGCCACGAGACGUUCGCUGGUCCUUUGUUCCACUCUGCGAGAUGGGAUCACUCCGUCGAUUUGAAGGACAAACACGUGGUUGUGGUCGGAAACGGCUGCAGCGCGACUCAGUUCAUGCCAAUCAUUGCCAAGGAUUGCAAGUCCUUGACGCAAUUUGUGCGCGCCAAGCACUGGAUGAUGCCAGUGACGCACAACCCUUUGGAGUACAUUCCAGGUUGGAAGUGGCUUGUCAGACACAUUGGAUUCUUCAGAGCGCUCAACAGGUUCCUGAUUUGGCUGGUGCUCGAGAACCACUUCACCAUCACCAAGCUCAACGUCUUUGGACGCAUCUUCAGAUGGUACUGGGCUCGACAGUGCACUUGGAACGUCAAGGCUCAUGCGCCAAAGGAAUACUGGCCUUUGCUCCUCGCAACUCAGGAGGAAAUGCUUGUGGGAUGCAAGCGACGUGUCAUCACUGACACCUACAUGCCUUCGCUGAGGCGCAACAACGUGCACCUCGAGGGCUCCAAGCUGACCAAGAUCGAGCCCAACGCUUGCAUUACCGCUGAUGGCAGGAAGUUGCCAGCCGAUGUGAUCAUCAUGGCAAAUGGAUUCGCCACUCAGCGUGCAGGCUUCCCCAUGAGCCUGUACAACUCCAAGGGUGAAGAGAUUAGAGAGCACUGGAACAAGUACGGCGCUGGUGGGCCGCUUAGCUACCGCUCCACCAUGAACAGCGGAUUCCCCAACUACUUCACAAUCGUGGGCACCAACUCGGCUACUGGCCACAUGAGCCUGAUCUUCACGAGCGAGUGCCAAGUCGACUUUACCCUGGAGCUGAUCAAGCCCAUCCUCAAGGCCCCGCGUCCCUCUGAGGCAGCCUUGGUUCAUCUGCCCACUCAACCGGCGAACGGACUCAAAUCCAUCCCUACAGUCGAAUGCAAGCUGCAAGCUGAGAAGGACGAGCAGAAGUGGAUCACCAAGAAGAUGCAGAACCUCGUCUUCUCUACAGGUUGCGGUGCUUGGUAUGUGGACAAGACGAGUCAGAGGGUUACUGCGAUGCAUCCAGACUGGCAGUGGAAGUUCAUGCUGCGAUCCGAGAUCCCCAAUUGGGCGGAUCUCGAGUACAAGCACCUGCCUGGUGGAGCCAAGCUGCCAAACACCAUUCCAUACUACAAGCGCUUCGCGAACAAGGUCUUGGGCUUCGGCACCAUCCCCAUUCCCAAGGACAGCGAGAUGCCAGCGGGCUUCAGGUGGGAAAAGGCAGAGUAGAGAGGAUGGCGCACUUGGCAAUAGCUGCUUGCGAUUCCCAAAGAAAACACUGAUCCUCUCUUGUUUCGCACGUUCGCGCACCUUUGCGCACCACGCACCUACACACAUCCUGUCGCACCUCGUUUCUGCACUCUCUUUGCUGUUCUCCUGUCCAUACGUCAUCCAAUACAUUGCUUUUCACAAGCUUGGCA